CUCCGUAUAUCUGGCUCAGGUCCGCCCACUCACUCAGCACUUUCAGGGGCAGAGAGAGAGAGAGAGAUGGAGGAAAACAGCACUAAUUUUAUUGUGAUGGGAGCCUCGGGGGAUCUUGCUAAAAAGAAGAUAUACCCUACCCUAUGGAAUAUUUACAAGUCUGGUGUUCUCCCUCCUGAUACGAGGUUCAUUGGUUAUGCCCGUUCAGCUCUCACUGUUCCUCAGCUGAGAGAGAAGUCUGAACCAUAUAUUAAAGCUAAAGACGACGAGAAGGCUAAGUUGGAUUCAUUUUUUGCUGCUAAUGAUUACGUCAAAGGUUCCUAUACUGAAGCUGAAGCAUUUACUGCUCUCAACGACGCGUUGCUUAAGAUAGAAAAAGGAAGAAAAGGGAACAGGCUGUUUUAUUUAGCUCUACCUCCUUCCGUUUUUGACUCUGUCACAAAGCUCAUUAAAACCCAGUGCAUGUCAAAAACUGGUUGGAACAGGAUUAUUGUUGAGAAGCCGUUUGGUAAAGACAGUGAAAGCUCGGCUAAACUCUCUAAGCACUUGUCUUCUCUUUUCACCGAGGAAGAGAUAUACAGGAUCGAUCAUUACCUUGGCAAGGAGAUGGUUCAGAAUCUACUAGUACUGAGGUUUGCUAAUGCAAUAUUUCAGCCGAUUUGGAAUAGGGAUAAUAUUGCAAAUGUUGUCAUUACUUUUAAAGAGCCUUUCGGUACCAAAGGUCGUGGAGGAUACUUUGAUGAGUUUGGGAUCAUUCGUGAUGUCAUGCAGAAUCAUUUGUUACAGUUAAUGUGUCUAACUGCAAUGGAGAAACCACCAACCAGUGACCCAGAGGACAUCAGAAAUGAAAAGGUCAAAGUUUUAAAGGCCAUUCGCCCGCUUGAGUUGUCUGAUGUGGUACUCGGUCAGUAUGCUGGUGAUCCUGAGGGAGAAGGAGAGGCAAAGGAAGGUUACCUUGACGACGAGACUGUCCCUAAAGGAUCCCGUACACCAACUUAUGCUGUUGCUGUACUACGAAUCAAUAAUGAGAGAUGGGAGGGAGUUCCAUUCAUACUGAAAUGUGGAAAAGCUCUGAAUGAGAGAAAGGCUGAGAUAAGAGUCCAAUUCAAAGAUGUUCCUGGUGAUAUAUUCCACGGUAAAGCCAAAAGGAAUGAGCUAGUCAUUAGGGUCCAGCCCAACGAGGCCAUGUACACCAAAGUAAUGACAAAGAAACCAGGCAUGUCUUUUGACCCACUGGAAACUGAAUUGGACCUUACAUAUAAACUAAGAUUUAAGGACGUAUAUUUACCAGAUGCUUAUGAAAGGCUCAUUUUGGAUGUGUUUGGAGGCAGUCAAAUGCAUUUUGUAAGGAGCGAUGAAUUGGCUGAGGCUUGGCGUAUAUUCACUCCACUUCUCCACAAAAUUGAAGAAGGAAAAGUUUCGCCUAUACAAUACAAAUUUGGAACUCGUGGUCCACCUGAAGCUGACAAGUUUAUUGAAGAGCUAGGUUUUGUGUACUCGGGUACAUACCAGUGGCUUCCAUCGCACCAGUGACCAUCGUCCAUUGAACCAAUGCAUAACUUUUUGAGUGGUCGAUUUUUAAUAGAAUAUCAAGAAUAGCUAGUGUCUGUAGUAUAGUAUUUUCAGUUGAAAUAAUAAUAAUAAUAAAGGAAUAGAAUAAAUGUUGUUCAAUUGUCAUAUAGUCUUUGUUCAAUUGGUGUGC